AUGAGUUUCGAGUACGUCUCCAUCGACAAGGCCGGUGAGCACGGCAACAUCUACAUCAUCACCAUGAACAAGCCGCCCGAGAACCGCCUCAACGUCGCCAUGUGCCAAGAGCUCAUCCGCGCCUACAGAACAGUCGAAGCCAAAAUCGGCCCCGACGCAGACGGCGCCGUCAUCCUCAACAGCCACUCGCCCAAAUUCUUCACCACAGGCCUCGACCUGUACGAGCGCGACACCAACACUUUCGCCUCCAGCGAUGGCUUCUACCCCUUGCUGCACACAGUUUUGGACUUCCCCUUCCCAACCAUCGCGCUCAUCACCGGGCACGUCUUCGGCGGCGCCUGCCUCCUGACCCUCGCGCACGACUACCGAGUCAUGAACUCGCGCCGCGGCUUCUGGCAGAUGCCGCCGGUGAACGCGGGCCUGCACCACGACGGCAUGGGGAGUCUGUUGCGCUUGAAGCUGGGCCCGCGGGUGGCGAGGAAGGCGCUGCUGCAGGCGCAUAAGUUCACGGGCAAGGAGGCGUUGGCGGACGGGAUUGUGGACGUGGUGGCCGAGCCGGAGGAGAUGCUGGGCGAGGCGCUCAAGGUGGCGGAGAUGUGGAAGGGGAAGGCGCGCAUGGGCGUGUAUGCCAUGUUGAGGGAUGAGUUGUGGGGGGAGGCCAGGGCAAAGUAUGCGGCGAAUAGUUAUGUGCAUCGCAAAGAGACGGCGAGGGCGCCGAAGGUCAAGUUAUGA